AUGCGGAAGAAGAAGAAGAAAAAGCCUUACGGCUCUAAUACCAUUUCAAAAAACAAAGAAAAGAAAAUAAAAGAGAGAAAGAAAAUUGAUUCAACAGAAUUUUCAUUGAAUAAUGAAACAGAACUCGUUUUACUUGGAAGUAUCGCACUAACUCAGAAACGGUUGGAUUCAGCUUUAGUUAACUUGGAUUGGAGAGCUAAUUUUCCUGCAGCAAGGUCAUCUCAGCUAGACUUUUUCGGCUCAGAUCAUAUAGUGCUUAGUCUUGAGUUAGGAUUAUGCCCAACUUCUUCUUUGACUUCAUGUAACAAAGGGAAGAGGUUUCUUUAUGAAGCCUUAUGGAAUGAAGAUCCUAAAUGUCAACAUAUAAUAUCUAACUCAUGGUUGCCUGUAUCUGAGUUCUCUAGCUUAGAUACUGUAAUCACAAACAUAGCCUCUUGUUCUGAAAAUUUAGAUUCUUGGUACUUAAAAAAGUAUAGUACAUUACCUAAAGAUAUUCGGUGUACUAAACGGAAAUUGUCUACAGGACAAAAUGUUGAUCAUGAUCUGUAUAAUCAAGAAGAAGUUUCUCAGCUAGAAUCUUAUUUGUCACAUCUCUUCAAGAAAGAAGAAAUUUCUUGGCAACAAAGAUCAAGAGUCCAACGACUACAGGUUGGUGACCAAAACACAAAGUAUUUUUAUCGUCAUGCUAGUGCUAGAUUUCAAAACAACCUUAUUCAAGGUAGCUAA